AUGCGGCGGCCGCUCGGCAUCCUCGGCUGCUGCCCGGUUCUUCUCCUGCUCCUCCUGCUGCUCCUGCAGCCCGGGGCACGGAGCGUCCCGCACCGCCUCCGCCGGCAGCCGCUGGGCAGCGGCUUCUCCGGGAGCCACGGCGCGGCAGACUCUGCUUGCAAGAACCGGCCCCUUGACCUUGUCUUCAUCAUAGACAGCUCCCGUAGUGUCCGACCUGAAGAGUUUGAGAAAGUGAAAGUCUUUCUGUCAAAAAUGAUUGACACUCUGGAUGUUGGUGAAAGAACAACCCGCGUGGCAGUCAUGAAUUACGCCAGCACUGUCAAGGUAGAGUUUCCCCUCCGGACCUACUUUGAUAAAGCCUCUAUGAAGGAGGCCAUCUCUCACAUUCAGCCUUUGUCUGCUGGCACAAUGACUGGCCUUGCCAUCCAAACUGCCAUGGAUGAAGUCUUCACUGAGGAGAUGGGUACCCGGCCAGCAAACUUCAAUAUCCCCAAGGUGGUCAUUGUUGUGACAGAUGGACGGCCACAAGACCAGGUUCAAGACGUGGCAGCGAGCGCCCGGACAGCUGGCAUUGAGAUCUACGCAGUUGGGGUAGAUCGUGCCGACAUGCAGUCCCUGAGGGUGAUGGCCAGCGAGCCACUGGAUGAACACGUCUUUUAUGUGGAGACCUAUGGUGUGAUCGAAAAGCUGACAUCCAAGUUCAGAGAGACUUUCUGUGCUGCGAAUACAUGUGCGCUUGGGACCCAUGACUGUGAGCAGGUCUGCGUGAGUAAUGGUGGAUCCUACCUCUGUGAUUGCUUUGAAGGCUACACGCUGAAUCCAGAUAAGAGAACUUGCUCAGUUGUGGAUGUGUGUGCACCUGGGAAGCAUGAAUGUGAUCAGAUCUGCGUGAGUAACAACGGGUCCUAUGUCUGUGAAUGCUACGAAGGCUACACCCUGAACCCAGAUAAAAAGACUUGCUCAGCCAUCGACUUGUGUGCACCUGGGAGGCAUGACUGUGCACAAGUCUGUCGGCAAACUGAUGGAUCCUACAGCUGCGACUGCUUUGAAGGAUUCACUCUGAAUCCAGAUAAGAAGACUUGCUCAGCUGUCGACAUGUGUGCACCUGGAAGGCAUGACUGCGAGCAGGUCUGUGUGAGAGACGAUCUCUUCUAUACCUGUGACUGCUAUCAGGGCUACACCCUGAACCCAGACAAGAAGACGUGCUCAAGAGCCUCAACAAGCAGUCUUGUAACAACUGAGGAGGCCUGUAAGUGUGAAGCCAUAGCUGCACUGCAGGACUCGGUCACUUCACGCCUCCAAGCUCUGUCCACAAAACUAGACGAAGUGUCUGAGAAGCUGCAAGCAUAUCAAGAGAGACAGCAGGUUGUCUGAGCUACCAUUCUACUUAGAUAGAUCCCAAAAUAAUAUUUCAGAAGCAGUUAUUUUUUAUUGUGUUCAGCAAGCUUUAUUUUGUUGCACAGCUUACAGAACAGCAUUUGGUUUGUUAUUAUUUACAAGUGUCAAGAAGACUUCAGGAAGACAACCCUCUUGAAAAUAUAACCUGAGGAUCUUCAUGUACAGUCACUUUGUAACCAUAAAGCUACCUAUACCUGCUGUGCUUUGGUCUGUACUGCAAGUAGUACAGCAGGUACCGUUAUUCUGCAGUA